AUGACACUCGAUGAAUAUGCGGAAUUAGUAAGAAGAUGGCAACAAGCCUAUUAUACAUGGAAUGUUAACUGUGUUACUUAUUACAAUACAAUGAUGUUGAAUUCAUCACAACAAUUUAUUCAACAAAUACCUAUGUUUACAAGUGCUAAUCUUCUUGCAAUGUUAACAGAAACGAAUCGUUCCCAACCAUUUGAUCCUUUAGCUGAAAUACGAAAUGCGCGUCUAAAAAUAGCUUCGAUGUGGCGUCGUUUUCUUGCUGAAACAAUUGAUUUUAUUCUAUUGCAUGUAUUUAAAAUUCUUGUUAUAUUCAUUCUCUCCAGUUAUUUUGAUAUAAUCGAUGAAAGUCGUCUUACAUUAACAUAUAUAAUCUCCAAUUUACUUUAUGAUGAAACAUUUUCAUUUCCAAUCGAACUUAUUUGUAUUGAAUUUACUUAUAUUGUAGCAAGCAUUGGUUUUGAGAGUUUCUGUCUUACGCGUUAUGGUGCCACACCAGGUAAACGUCUUCUUCGUUUACGUGUCCUUAAAUGUGAUCAUUUACAAAUACAAGAGAAUGGAGAUUUAACAAUCGAACCUGGUACAAUGCUGAAUGCUGUUGCAGCAAUAACUCGAUCAUCAUUUAAAAGUCUUAUGUCAAUUUUUCUUUUUCCAGCAGUUGUAGUAGCUUUAAUGACAUCACAACAUCGACAAACGAGUUAUGAUAUGGCUGCUAAUGCUGUUGUUGUUGAACUGGAACCACAACUGUAG